AUGGAUUCGGCCAUAUCACAACAUGUCGGUAAGAAGGGUGCAGGCCCUCUUACGUCGAUCCGCCUUUCCUCGACAGAAUCCCGUUCGCAUAUAUCUACAGUUACUCCAACUGUACUGCGCAAGAUACCACGUCCGCCCAACGCCUUCAUUCUCUAUCGCUCUAACAAGAUGCGCGAACUCAAGAACCAGAAGAAUCCUCAGGGUUUGUCAGAUACUGGUCUUGAUAAGCUUGACUACCAGCGUCAACUGAGCAAAGUCAUUGGUCAACUCUGGCGCGACGAGACCGCAGAAGUCAAGGCUGCCUUCUACGAAAAGGCACAGCAAGCUGCUCUGGAGCAUAGACAAAGAUACCCGGAAUACCGUUACCAGCCUUCCGUCAAGAAAGCCGCCUCUCGAGAACACGAGACACAUGCCAUUACAGCUUCAUCCGCUGCAAGCGGUGCCCCUGAAAGGCUGGACGACACUGACGUUUCUCCAGGCGAUCUCAGUGGUCCCUUGUCCGGCUCUGGCUCUGGUAGCGGCCGCAAGAGGGCUUCCCUCGAAGGCGCCAGGUCCAAGGGCUCUCCCUAUUCCACCAGUCGGCAUCGCCGCACCUCAUCUGCCGGUACUUCCUCCCCGACUGCCCAACAGACGAGCUCUAACUUGAGCCGGCAGCGUGCACAUGUCUUGCUGCAUGCAGCCGGUGCUACUGCUGGGCAAUCUAGCGCCAGCGUGCCGCUUACUCGUUCGAAGUCGUUCGGGGCUUCAAGCCAGAGAUCCAAUCAGAGACGCUCCGCUAAGCCCUCUACCAGGAGAUCUUUGGACGGCCGGGUUUCACAGAUUGCUACAACGAGCACAUCCUUCGACACGCUGGUUCCUCAGCGUCUCCGCGAUACCCGCGUAUUUCUCGCUCCUCACACACCUCCGGCCCUUCCCAUCGGUCAGGCGAUCACCACGAACGAGUCUGGCACAGGCCACGAGGAUCAGGGGCAUCAGGAACACCUGCACAAGCCAAAGAGCACUCUCUUUGACGCUGUCAGGAGUGCGCUGCCACCUGAGCGGCGUGCUUUCCUCCAAGAAGCGCUCGCCAUGAAGGGCUACGCUCGAGCACUCCCCAAUCCAAUUACGAACCGUUCCGUCGCAACAAACCCACAAAGCGACCGUUGGACCUCCGCGAACAGCACCUUUCCUUCGCAUACCUGGCAAAGUCAAGGAAUGGCAAGCAAUCCCCCGAGUCAGAGCUCGUACUCGACAGCUCAGCACGAGCUUUCCUCCAACUUAGAUCCUGCCAAUCAGGCUCCCCUUGGACCGAACUUGAAUCUCCUCAUUCGUGCCUCUAGUGGUGCAAACUAUGCUGAUCUCGCCGAUUGGAGCCAACCAGACCCCUGCUGGCUGAGCAACUCUCAAACCCAGACACCAUCCUCUGGCGACGCUGCGCCUCUGAAAACCAUCGUUCACGAGGCCUAUACUGGUCAAACCGGUGGUGAACGGCUGUCACCGCAAUGGACAAGUGUCUAUGUCGGUCCGCAGCUCCAUUGCGCCCAGCCGUUGGCUUCAUUUGAGCCCAUUGAUAUUUCGCAAUGCGUGCCAGCAGACUACGAGAUCAAUCACUCGAAUUCUGCCUUCGUGGAGCUGUCAGAGCCCGACAGCUCAGGACAGGUACAAGGCCAUUUCUAUGGUCUCAAUGGCCAGCUAGUCGGUCAAGGAAGGGUAGACGGGACGGAGCUCGGCUCCAAUGUUGUCCAGGAGUACCUUGACGAGGAAGCACGUCAGAGAAGAGUAGUGGAUCAGCUUUUAAUGCAGAUGAUGACGUCCGGUACCUCCUCGAACUCCUUAUUGGGCUGCACCUUGCAUCCUUACCUGGUUGACGAGGGAGCAACGCACUUGCAAGGUGGAAGUCAAGAUCCGGCAUCCUCAACCUACGGCCGAGCGCAGUGGCAGAGCUGGUCUCAAGAUGCCGCCGUGGAGCCGGAGGGCAUGGUGGACCAGAGCGGCAGCCAGUCAUCCAUGGUCGCUACGGGCUCGCAUGUGGUGGACGCCCACGUGUUUCAUGACGGCUUCCAACCAGCUGCUUUCGAACCACAGGUGCCUUCAAUGAUGCCACAUCGGGAAGCACGUCGGCGCCUGCUCCUACGAACAAGACUGUGCAAAAACAACAUCAAGCAGAUCCAGCAACCAUUAAUCCACUUCAGCUGA